UUCUUCACUUUUCAAUUUGGGAGAGGAACCAUCAAGGGAAAGUGGGGUCUCCGGUCCAUAUAUAAAUUGGUCACCGAAUCUGAGGAGACAUCAAACACAUCUCAAAACUUAUCUUGAGUUCAAGAAAUCUCCCAAAAAAAAAAACCACCAGCAACAUGAAGUUCUUCAUCGCAGCUUUGGCUCUCGUUGCCGCCGCCAGUGCAUUGCCACAGGAACGUGAUGCAGCAAUUCUUCGUCAGGCACAGGACAUCUCGCCUGAAGGAGCCUACAAUUACAAUUACGAAACCGAAAAUGGAAUUCGAGCUUCUGAAGAUGGAACUCUCCAGAAUGUUGGACCCAAUGGUGAAGCUGCAAUUGUUGCUCAGGGAAGUUUCCAAUAUACCGCUCCCGAUGGCACUCCAGUUGCCGUUUCAUAUGUUGCCGAUCAUAAUGGAUAUCAACCAUCGGGAGAUAUUCUUCCAGUUGGCCCCGCCAUCCCAGCACAAAUCCAGAGAGCACUUGACUACAUUGCCGCCCACCCACCACAACCCGAAAACAGAAAAUAGACAAUUCAUAUAAAUAUCAUUAAUAGUUAUAAUAAGAUGUAAUUAGAUUAAAGAAAAAAAAAGAAAAAAUAUAUUUUGUUUCCAAAGAUAA